AUGGAUCAUGUAUCAAAUGUUAUUUGUGGCGGUAUAGCUGGAAUAGUAUCCGACUUGUUGUUAUAUCCAUUAGAUACUCUUAAGACUAGAAGUCAGGUAAAUAAGGACAUUUUAUUCCAAAGUAAAGCUAAAGCAACAUACAUACCCCAAAAAUUAAUUAAAAAACGGAAUAUUAAAACUAAUUCAUUAUAUUCUGGCCUAUUUAUUUUACUGAGUGGCGAUUUACCAUCCUCAGCAGCAUUCUACGGAGUAUAUGAGCUUACCAAAGAUAUUCUUAAUGCUAACAAAGAAACGAAGAAACCUUUAAUUCCAUUACCUUGUAUAUAUUUUAUGGGAUCUUCAUUUGGCCAAAUUACAAGCCUAAUUAUACGUAACCCUUUCGAAGUAGUGAAACAGCAACUACAGGCUGGGUUGUAUAGUGGUACAGGAGAAGCAUUUUAUAAUAUUUAUCGCCUUCAGGGAAUUAGGGGCCUCUAUGCAGGCUUUUUCUCAACACUCAUUCGAGAAAUUCCUUUCGAUGGCAUACAAUUUGUAUUAUGGGAGAAGUUUAAAUCAUUACACUACUCAUAUAGAUUAUCGCAUUAUAUAAGUGAUAAAGGAAACUUAAAUAUAUCCUCUGGAAAUGUAAUUGUAUCGGCACUCAGUGGCUCCUUCGCAGGUGGUGUAGCUGGAGCUAUAACGAAUCCUCUCGAUGUCGUAAAAACUCGUAUGAUGACACAGGGAGAGAAAAAAAUGUAUAAAAGUACAUGGGAUUGUCUAACCAAAAUAGCAGUUGACGAAGGAACGAGUUCACUAUUUAAAGGUCUGGGACUGAGGGUGACGUGGCUCACCCUCGGUGGGUUCGUAUUCUUCGCAGUGUUGGAAGCGGGAAAAGUUACCGUCAAACCUAUACUCAUUAAGGACUAUAAAUUACACUAA